ACGAUGGAAGACAAGGACGAGCUGGUUCAAUGUCUCGAGCAGAAAAUCGCCAGCGGCCGUAGUAUGAUCGAGCGGCUGAAGCUCAUGAACAAGAUCGAUGGGAUUGAGAAAUUGAUACGAAAGAUUCAACAAGAGAUAAAGUUUCUAGAGAAAGUGCAUUGUGCAGGGAACUUGAAGAAGAAACAUUUACAGAGUACAAAUCUGAUUCAUCUUAAUGCUAUAGUGGCUAGAUUAUCUUGUGCAAAGGAUCUCAUCAGUGUGAUGAGACCUUUUAAACAUCAGAAGUCACGUUUGGAAGUUGAUAUAGUGUGUAACAAUGGUGCUUCAUGGGUGAAGGUUAUAGCAAGAAACGCUAGAGCUUUAACUUUGAUAUCCCUUGGUAACGGAGAAUAUGGACAGAAAUCUGUUCUGGAUCAAGCUAAUUCAUAUCUUAUGUGUAGCGAAUGUCAUCUAUAUCAUUAUAAGCCACCAGAUGUGAUAUUUCACUUUGCUUAUGGCAUAGAGAUUCCUCUAGCCUUGCGUUUGGAGCAAAUGGGCAUCAUAGUUGAAGGAGAUAGAAUUGAUAUGGAUAAUGAGAUUUUAAACAAACACGAUGAAUUGGAAUUGCUGAAAGAUUCUACGAAUGAUUCUGAACAGGAUUUAGAUUUGCACUUGUUAAAUACAUGUGCACUCUCAACUGAGAUUAAACUCCUGAAUCUGGAUGUAUCAACAUUAUUGGCUUAUGUUACAAAUAUGUCUAAUGGAUAUAAUAAUUAUAUUUAUCGCGAACCACUGCUUACACAACAAACAGAGAUGGAAAGAAAACGUCCCAUAAAACCAAUUCUGGAAAAUUUAUUUCAUGAGAAAGAACUUAUAGUUUGCCAGACAGCAUAUAAUAAUUUUAUGAAUAUCAUUGAUGUCAUCGGUGGUCCAAAAGAGACGCAGCGGGCUCACGAAUUGUUAAAAAAAGUUCAAAUUGUUGAAGACAUAACUACUGGUAGAGUUAUGGAACUGCGUUUAGGCGGCAAAAUUAAGGAUCGAUCGCGAUUGGUUUUCGCAACGGGUGAAAAUAUGAAAAGCAUCACUGUUUCUGCUAAUGAAGGAUUUGUAAGAGCAGCGCGUAUGCAGGGUAUUGAAUGUACAGUUUUUUUACAUGAACCAAGAUCUCUAUCAGAAAUGAAAGAAGGUAAUGCAAUGAAAAUAAAACCAUCUUGAUAUUAUUCAUUAUUUAGGCAAUUGCAAAGAAAAUAUAUGCCAAUAUCAAAUAUACUUUCAUUGCUAAUUUAUUAUACUACUUUAUAUUAAAACAAUAUUAUACAUUAUCUCUUUAAAAAAGCUAUAUUUCAUCAGUAAUUAUCUGAAUAUUGAAUUGGUUAAAGUUCUUCUCUAAAUUUUCUUCAAAUUCUGUAAAAUAUAAAGUAGUUGUUAAAUAAAAUGAUAUAAUAUUAAGUUGUUUAAAAAUAUUCAACAAUACCAUUAAUAAAUUUGUUGAAAUGAGGA